AUGAGGAGUAUAUUUAAAUUAAGUUCUUUUAUGUCUGUAGCUCUUGCAGCAUCGGAUGUUUUAACUAUAAGGUCUACAUCAAUAUCAACUUACUCAUCAUGUUCAUCAUCAGCGUCAAAUAUUCCCGUCUUACCCCAACUGUCAUCUGUUUUUUAUGGUAAUGUCUCAUCUGGAUCUAUUCAAGCCGAUGCAGAGCCUACUUCAUUUGCAAGUUCAAGUUCAAGAGUUCAAAUAACAUCAUACGAAUACGAGACUGAAUAUGAAACCGAUCAAAUUACUUACACAACAUGUGAUUCAGAUGGAUAUUGUUACGUCACUACAGAUUUACAAAAAUUAACAACUUAUACAACUACCGUUGAUGGUAUUUUGACAGUGGUCACUACAGCUAUUCCUGUGGAAACAGACGACUUAUCAGCUCCAUCAUCAUAUUCAUCAGCAGUGAACCCAAGUUACAUCCAACAAACAGCUCAGGACAUUAUUGGAACUUCAACUGAAUCAACAUCAGAGGAACCAACCUCAACUGAAUCCACCUCAAUUGAAUCCACUUCAACCAUUGCUAGUCAAACUUCAUCUGUUGUUCAAUCUUCCGCUGUAAUUACCACAUCGGUUGUGCAAUCGCAUUCAUCUUCAGUAGCUGCUGGUUCCGAGUCAGAUAUAACUUCUUCCGAAAUAAAGACGACUUUAGUCACAAUCACUGCUUGUUCACAUGGAUCAUGUUCAGUUGUUGAAAAAACAACAGGUUACCAAGUUUAUACAUCAGAUACGACAGUUUAUACUACCUAUUGUCCAUUAACCAACGAAGCUUCAUCAUCAAUUGCUCCUAUUCCAGAAACAACCAAACUAAGUGUUAAACCAGAAUCAACUCAUACACAAUACUCUACUGAAAUUAUCACUAAAACAUCUUGUAGUAACAACAAAUGCUCAGAAGUAUCAAAAGAGACUACGGGGGUUAAAAUCAUAAGUAAUAUAGAUACAGUUUACACCACAUAUUGUCCAUUGAGUGAAAUUCCAACAAUCACAAUUGAAUCAAAACCUCAAGAAACAACCAAAACCAUUGCUUCUGCUACUGAAUCAAAAUCUCCUGUCACUGUCAAUGUUAUAACUGACAAUAUUGUCGUACAAACUCCAACUAUAAUACAACAAAGUUCACAAGAAACUACUAUUGCUGCUCAAUCAAGUUCAGAUGCCAUUAAUACUUAUAGUGUAACCACUUAUGAGGGUGUCGGUGUUUCGGAAUCAAUGAAAUCCACCAAGUUCUUUAUAACCUUGCUUUCAUUAAUAUUUUUGAUAUGA